AUGGCAGCGCCGGGCUCCCUAGGACUUCUCCAGGCGCCGUCCUUCGCCGCGGCCAAGUGCCGUCCGGCGGCAGCCACGAGCCGGGGAGCGGCGCGAGCCGUGUUCGCCGUCCGGGCCUCGGCGGGUUCCGCCGCCGCCAAGGACGCCGUGCUCAGGCCCUUCCGUGAGAACAGGGCUCUCAAGAUCAUUUCGGGGCUCCAGAACUUCGACAGGUCCAAUGUUGCGUCCGUCGUCACGGCUGCGGAUAAGGGAGGUGCUACCCAUGUUGAUAUAGCAUGUGACCAGGACUUGGUAAAGCUUGCGCUGGAGCUUACUAACCUUCCGAUAUGUGUAUCGUCUGUGGAUCCUUCAGCAUUCCAAUCUGCGGUAGAGGCUGGCGCGCAAAUGAUUGAGAUUGGAAACUACGACUCCUUUUACGACGCAGGCAUCGAAUUCUCUUCUGAGCAAAUACUGAACCUGACAAGGGAGACAAGGAAGAUGCUUCCAGACAUCACGUUGUCAGUAACAGUUCCUCACACUCUGAGCCUCCCAGAUCAGAUGAGACUUGCAGAGCUACUUGAAGAGGAAGGUGCCGAUAUCAUCCAGACUGAAGGAGGGAAGUGUUCUAGUCCGACAAAGCCUGGGGUGCUUGGCCUAAUUGAAAAGGCAACACCAACAUUGGCAGCCGCAUACUCCAUCUCACGGGCCGUCAGUAUACCGGUGAUGUGCGCGUCGGGGCUAAGUUCAGUGACUGCACCAAUGGCAGUAACCGCAGGAGCCGCCGGUGUGGGAGUUGGCUCUGCGAUUAACAAGCUCAACGACGUCGUGGCGAUGAUCGCCGAGGUGAGGAGCAUCGCGGAGGCUCUGGGGGUGACGGCUUCGAGGAAUGUGUCCGAGGAGCUGAGAAGAGUUCACAAUUAG